GAACCGCUGCUCUUCCAAGGAAGCGACCGCUAGGGUUUGAGAGUCUUCCGCCGCAUCCCAAACUCACUGGGGUUUUGCUGACCGCGAAGCAAUCACGACUCGCAAUCGAAGCCCUCGAUUGCUCUCUCUCGUCCUGCAAUGGCGUUUUGGGGCGUCGAGGUGAAGCCUGGGAAGCCCUACACUCAUGUCUACGACGAAGCUCGAGGAAGGCUUCGCAUCACUAUGGCGACGUUGGGGAAUGGCAAGGCGACGUCGAAGAGCGUGGUGCAGUGCAAUGUUGGCAAGAAAAGCCCUAUUUUGCUCUGUAGCUUGGUUCCUGAUAAAGCUGAGUCGUGCCAUUUGGAACUCGAGUUUGAGGAGGAUAACGAGGUUGUCUUUUCGGUCCUCGGGCAGAGAAGCGUGCACCUCUGCGGUUUCUAUCCAGGUGCCCGCCGUGGCCACGGUGACGGAGGAGAUGAGACUGAUUCAUAUGGUGAAGAUAUUGGCGAGGAGGAUUCAGAGAGCUACGGGAGCUUUGAUACUGAGGAGGAUGAGUAUGAAUCAGACUUUAUCGAUGAUGGUGAUAUCGAAAUGUUCCCCUCUUCCCCUCAGCGAAAAAGCAGUGUCAUAAUUGAGGAGAUUGUAGAUGAUGACAAGCCAGCACAUGGGAAUGGCAUUCGUCGGCGUUUAAAGAAAAAGAGUCAAUUGGUUGAAAGUGAUAGUGGAGAUGAUGAUACUAAACUUCAACUAGUUGUCAAGUCUAAUAAUAAUACUGAAGUGUUUGAAAGUGAAGAUGAUGAUGGCUUUCCAAUCUCUUUUUCAGUAAAAAAGAAAGAUGCUGCUAAUAAUUUUGAGGUGGAUAAAAAAUCAGGUGCUACAGUCAAUGACGACAAGAAAAUAAAGAUUGAUGCAAUUAGUCAACGCGAUGAAUCUACAAGGGAUGCUACUCAGCCAUGCGAUUCUUCAGUAGCUUCUGUGGUUGUUCCUGAAACUGAUGGCAUCUCAAAGAAGAAAAAGAGGACAAGAGAAGAUGUUGCAGAGGCAAAAACUGAGACCAAUGAGAACAAUCAUAUGAUAGCACUCAGAAUGGAUGUGACAGAAAGUGAUGGAAAGAAGAAAAAGAAGAAAGAGAAGACCAAGAAGGAUAAGAAAUCUGAUGUAGGUGAUGAUUAUGCAAUGGAGAGAACAGAAGAAGGGUUUAAAGGAGAUGGGAAUGAAGUUUUCAAUGCCAGUAGCUUAGAGAAAAAUCCUCCUCUUGAAGCUGAGAAGCUGCAUUAUGAUCAUGAUGGAAGCGCUAGUGGAAAAAAGAAGAAAAACAAAAAGAAAAGGGCCAAGGUUGAUGAGGCUCAUGAAAAUGCUGGUGCAGAUGCCGAAGCAGAAUUACAAGAGGGAAGCCAGCAUGGAACAAAAAGUAAGUUGGAUUCUGAUGAUACUGAGCUGCAAGAGUCUGCAAAUAAUCACCACUCUGAUAAUCUCACAGUUGAAGAGCCACCUAAAGAUAGUGUUCCUGAUGACAAUGGUCUUGCACAAGAUGCCAAGAAGAAGAAGAAGAAGAAGAAGACAAAGAAGGACAAGAGCCAUGAUAAAGAUUCAACUUCAAAGGAGGUAUCUUUGAAUCCACUAGAUGCAGAACACAAAGCUGAACCACAAAAAACAAGAACAUUUUCAAAUGGUUUGAGGAUUGAGGAGUUAUCUAUGGGCAAGCCUGAUGGAAAAAAAGCUUCUCCUGGGAGUAGGGUUUCUGUUAACUAUAUUGGCAAGUUAAAUAAUGGAAAAAUUUUCGACUCCAAUAUUGGCAAAAGGCCCUUUAAAUUCCGUCUUGGUGUUGGGCAUGUCAUUAAGGGAUGGGACGUCGGCAUUGCAGGCAUGCGAAUUGGGGACAAGAGGAGACUCAUCAUUCCACCAUCUAUGGGUUAUGGGGCUAGUCCUGCGGGGAAAAUACCAGGGAAUUCAUGGCUUGUCUUCGAUGUGGAGCUGGUGGACGUCAACUGAACUCUUCACUCCACGUGUGUGAGAAAUUUUUGCUGGAUAGUGGAUACAUUAGUUCUGAUGUCAUUUUUUACCAUGCCAUUGUGGUUGCAUUGUCCCGAAAAUUUCUAUACCAAGAGGUCUUUACAAACUUUAAUUACUGAUGCAAUUUUUUCCCAAGCAUAUGUAUUCUCUCGUUCCAAUAGUAUAUGCCAAGAGGUGUUUGA